GCCAGUGCCAAGCCUAGGAAGCCUGUAGAAGCGAUGUUGUAAGAGUGAGCCUCGGGAUCGUAUAUUGUUUUGCAGGGCUUCCUCCAUAAGAAGGGGAUAAGUGCGAAGUGUAGCCCUCCUGUAACCUGUUGCCAUGCUGUGGUGUGAGCCAUUGCCUGCCACACGUGUGUCUUCACCUUUAACCCUAGCAUGCACUGCCCCUGCCCUGUGUUUCAGUCCUUCAGUAGACUGCAGUGACCUGACAUCCUUCAUUUAGGGAUUGCAGUGAACAGUCAUAGGCUUAACUUUCUUCGAUUCUAAGGCAGAGUUCGCCCCCCUCAAAAAUCCUAAAAAUGGCUGAACGUGGGGCUCACAUCACUACAGCUUCCCCAGAUGAUAACCGACCUUCUAUCUUUGAAGUUGUGGCUCAGGAGAGCUUGAUGGCAGCAGUGAGACCUGCACUGCAUCAUGUUGUCAAGGUCCUUGCAGAAUCAAACCCUGCACGCUUUGGCCCUUUGUGGAGAUGGUUUGAUGAAGUUUACACCCUGCUUGAUCUGCUUCUCCAGCAGCACUACCUGUCGUGGGCCAGUGCCUCCUUUUCAGAGAACUUCUACGGACUAAAGAGAGUAGCCAUGGCAAACAGCAAUGGGCAGCGUACACUGCAACGGAAGGAGUACUGGAGAUCCCUCUUGCUGCUGGUGCUUGUACCUUAUCUACGAGUGAAGCUGGAGAAAUUUGUUAACAGGCUGCGAGAGGAAGAAGAUUAUUCAAUCCAAAACCCGACGUCCUUCAGUGAGAGAUGUUAUAAGGCAAUUCUUGCAUCCUACCCCUUUGUGAAACUGUCCUGGGAAGGCUGUUUUCUUCUAUAUCAGCUGAGAUAUAUUCUGUGGAACACAAGCCAUCACUCACCGCUGCUCCGCUUGGCUGGAGUGCAGCUCGCUAGACUUACGCUGGAGGAUUUACAAGCCAUGGAUGCUACUGCAGAAAAGAUCGCCUCAACACCAUCUGCUCUUGGUGUGGGCAGCGUACUGAAGAAAGUUCUCGGCGGAGUGUCUAUGACGUUAUCUUCCAGCCUAUCUCUGGGCGUGUUCUUCCUGCAGUUUCUAGAGUGGUGGUACUCAGCCGAAAACCAGGAGACCGUUAAGUCUCUGAGUUCAUUGCCAGCCCCCACUGCUCCCAUUCAUUUUGACCUGGAAACAUAUUCCCCUCUGUUACCAAAACUAAAGACUGUUUGCCCACUUUGUCGUAAAGUAAGAGUUAACGAUACAGCUCUUGGCACCUCAGGUUAUGUCUUCUGCUACCGCUGUGCUUAUUACUAUGUGAAAAAUCACCAGCGCUGUCCAGUAAGUGGCUACCCGACUGAGGUACAGCAUCUAAUACGGCUCUACACCCCCGAUGGCUAGACCAAGAUUGGAGAAAUACUGUAGACUUUGGGAGCCAACUAGACCACUCCAGAAGCCGAUCCAACUUUCAGUAGCCUGGCAAUAGAGAACAACCAACAAAGUUGGCCACCAUUAGCAAGUGUUUAGGCCCAUAGGCUCCUGGGAUUUGUCCAGCACUGUGUUAGAUGUAGGCAGAACCACAUCAAGAGCUGUAGUGAUGGGAACUACAGUAUCAUUAAGGCACUAAAAUGU